AUGUACAAUGAAGUGACGAUACUUCAGAAGAUAGUAACGUUGCAGCAUAUAUAUUCUCUAUACCAGGCAGCGCAGCAAGCCCAGCCUCCUAGGAGUGGCAUCACAUUUAAUAUUCUUCAGUUGCAGAAGGUGAUCAACGACAGUCCGCUAAUCAAUUCCAAAUUUGAUUUCCUCGAUAUAGAUGGGUCGCUGACCAAGAUAAUAGGCAAUAAAAAAGGUAAGAAGAAUGGUGGUACCAGUGAGAGUCCUACUCUAUCUCCUAUACAGAUAGUUCAAGUUAUAGCUGAGACGUUGGGAAUAGAAGGGGUAGAUGGCAAAAAUGAACAAGUGAUUGCCCAGAUUCCAAAGACAACAGUCUUCACUCUUUCCAAUAAGGUCAAUAUCAACUUUGUCAAAGAGAGACUAGUAAAGAUAUUGAAUAAUUAUAAGAGCAAUUCACUUAAGGAUAUUACUGCUUUAGAAAUGAACUACAAGAAAAAACAGAGCGAGAUCAAACAGAUAGAAGAAGGUAAGAUGACCGAUGAAAUCCUUCGUCGGGAAUUUACCAGAAACCAGUUACAUGAAUAUAAAAAGAAGAGUAGGAUAGAACAUGAAGAGGCUAAAGAUAGUGUCGAGGAACUUGAAGAUACCACACCGAAGACACCUGAGGCAGAAAAAGAAAGCAUUGCAGUCAGGUUAAAGAAAACACCUUCAAAGUCAAAAGAAAUUGAACAGGAAAUGAUUAGAAAUGAUGAUUCUAUAGCUGCAAGAUUGAAAACGUCUCCUAAUAAGGAGGAAGCUGAAAAUAACGACGAUAAAUCUAAGAAAUUGGAACCGGAACUGGAGACUCCUGUUGUUUCUGAGAGGCUUGAAGAUAGAAUAAGUCAGAAGGAGAAAGAAGCUGAAAAUUCUGAAUCUGGGGAAAUGGAUAAGACAGAAGAUGCAGUGUCUAAAGAACAAGAUAUAGCCGAGAAAAGUGUGUCCGAAUCUGAGUCCCAGGAAGAAAAGGAUUCAAUCGCUGCUAGAUUACGUGCAACUCCUAAUUCUAUUGCUGCCAGAUUAAGAGAAGGACCGAAAAUGGUUGCCACUGAAAAGGAAAAUAAUGUGGAUAACAACCAGAAAGUUAAAGAAGGAGCAAAUAUUGAUGGGCAUAUAGCAUCCAUGCUACCUGUCGAGAAGAGUGAAAAGGAAGACAUAGUUACUGAAGAGAGCAGGCAAGCCGAUAAGGAUGCGAAUAAUAUUGAGAAAGUUCUGAAGACUGAUCAAAGCAGAAAUAACAAGUCUCCUGUUGAAUCUUCAGUCCACACUCCUACCAAAGUUCCUAUAAAAGAAAUCAAAUCUCCUGCUAAGAUAUCCGUCAUACCUGCACCUGUUCCUUCGAGUAAGAAACCAAAGACUACGCCAAAACCAAAAGAACAGAAGCAAAAUGUGAAGCAAGAAUUGAAACAAGAAAACAAGGUUGAGUCUAUCGGCACUAUCACUACUACUACUACUACUGUCAAUGCUACUAGUACAGUUCCAUCUCUGGAAGAAAAUAUUGUGGAUGCUCGUCCGGAAACGAAAACUUCACAGCUUAUUUCGACUCCCACUACACCCGAGCCUUCUGCCAGACUCCACCACCAAAAAUUAUCUUCUUCACCAACAACUCCAAAGUCGAAAGGCUCUUCUGUGGCACCAAGUCGAUCAUCUUCAAGAAAGCGCCGUCAAAGUGAUAUGGCUGAAGACGAGAUCGCUUUGCAGCAUAGCAGGAAACGGUUCCAGACUCUUUCAGUGCAACUUUUAUCGCAGAUCUCAUCAAAUCGCUUUGCCAGCAUGUUUUUACAGCCAGUGAAUUCACAGGAAGAACCGCAUUACUACAAGCUCAUCAAAAUACCCGUGGAUCUAAAAACACUUCUCAAAGAUGUCAGAGCUGGUACUGUGACAACAUUCGAAGAACUUGAGUUCAAGCUGCAACUUAUGUUUAGCAAUGCAGUGAUGUACAACGAUGUGAACCAAACAGAAAUUUCCAGUGGAAUCAUUGACAUGAUGGAGGAGUCUCAUAAUCUACUCAAGAUGUUCAAAGAAACCAUUGAGUAA